AGCUGGCUCAGCCCGGGCACGGCUCAGCGGCUGUUUCACCGCUUCUGCUCCUGCCACUGGCCGAGGGACAGUGCCUGCGCCUCCCGCCGAGCCCGCCCGAGCAGCGCCCCGCGCCGCGAUGGAGCCGAGAAGCUCUGGACUUUGGUUACUGUUUCUUUGUACUCUGGGAUGCGUUACUGCAGAGGAAGAUAAGAAAGUUAUCAGCACAAUAGGCAGCACUGCUGAACUGAGCUGCAUUUAUCCUCAAGAGAAAAAAUUCAUUUUAAAUAAGCUACGGGUCUUUUGGCAAAUAGGGGAUGGUUCAAAACCCUGUUCAGUGGUACACACCUUUAAUUCUGGUCACGAGAACCAAAGCGAGCAGUGUGCAGUCUUCAGAAACAGGACUCGAUUAUUUCAGGAUGAGCUGGAAAAUGGCAUUUUUUCUCUGCUGCUGCUAAAUGUCAGCCUGAGAGAUGAACACACGUACCGGUGCAUAGUACAGAAGAAGGACGUAGUUUUCAGGGUUAUUCACAAUGCAGAUGUGGCCCUCAAGGUAGCAGCCAAUAACAGCCUGCCAGUACUAAGUAAACCUACAGGAAACCACCCAAAUAUUGGAGAAGAGGUGACAUUAAGUUGCAGCUAUAGCCAAGGAUACCCAGAGCCAAACAUUUACUGGAUAAAUAGAACAGACAACAGCUCCCUCCAUCCAUCAUCAUUAAAGAUCACCCAAGACAAUGAUGGCACAUACAGUGUUUUCAGCACACUGAAGAUUGAAGCAAAUUCUGAUAUAAAAGUAGGAUGCAUCAUAGAAAAUGAACUACUACAGCAAAAUCUAACUGUCCUCUACUCGAAAGACGUCACAAACCCUAACUCGACCAGCAGUGGUCUGUCAGAUCUAAAUAAACCGGGAGCUCAGGCUGGAAGUGUCCUUGCCAUUGCCAUUGUGUUAGCUGGUCUAGCUGUUUUAACCUGCUGGCUGUGGAAAAGGAAAUCCCCUCACCGGAAAUCGUAUGCAGAUGUUCAGCAAGAUGAAGAUGGAGCACAGCACAAUACACACGUUUAAAUGGGAAAUUCUCAGAGAAUUGGGCAGCUGGUGAUAUACCAAGAGAAUGCUGAAGUUACGGAUGCUAUGUUGAAGCCAAGGACAGCAGCAUUAUCUGCAACAUGAAUGACAUAGUGUUUCCAGAGCGUGGGCCAGGACAAAUGGCAAAAACCUUCUCUGACAGAGGAGAGAGCAAAAUCCACCUGCUUUGGUCUGCCACUUCUAAUCAGCCCUUGUGCUGGUUUCAAAACACCUGUAUGAGUGAAAGGUACAGUUGUACCCGGAUGCUGAAACAUUGCUUCAGGAAUGAAAGACUGCCAACUGUUAUUUUAUCAGUCUAAGAAUUCCCUACUAGGAGAUAAGCAACUGUGUUUCAGCAGUGCUGACAAUUCUCUCUGCCUUUCAGACUUUUCAUAACGAUUACUGAACAUGAAAAAUGGCAGCUAGGCAAGUGAAAACUGCAAGACUUUGCGUAGAGCAAACUUUGUUGCCUGUUUUACUUCUUUCCCUUCCUCCAGGCAUCCUUUCACUGUUUCUGGGCAGCCUCAAUGGCAACACAAAAAUAUCCUGAAGCUUCCAACUUAGACAUGCAGAAGUACCGGUGCCUGUAGCUGAACAAAACUUUUGAGUAUGAACAUUAGGAACCCUUCUUUUAUUUCAGUUUAAGUAUGCAUUCUACAUUUUACAGAGUACUCGAUCAAAAAGGGAGUGUCCAUCAGUUGACAGAGCACAGAAAUUACCUGGAAUCCUAGGAAGUGCAUAGCACUACCUUAGCACUGUCUGUGCUGAAUUCAGAUCAGCAGUUGCCUGUGUGCAUAUACUUUGGAGACUGGACAAAAAAACCAUAGUGUUGUUAUCCUCAUUUUGGCAUGACAAGCGUCAACCGCUCCCUGUUGGGUUCUAGGAUACUGGAGAUUUGAAAUACAAACUUCCUGCACUCCCUUCCCCUCCCCCACCCAUAAAAACAGCUGUGUAGCAUAUACAGUCACAUUUGCCCUUGAUACAGCAAGAACAUCAUUAACAGACAAAGUAAAUGUGUGGUGAAAUCAGGGCCGUCCUUAGGAUUUAUGGGGCCCUAUGCAGUAUUAUUAAACUGGUGCCCCUAUGCCUGAUGGCAGCCCGGGCUCGCAUGUGUAUUUUAGAUAAGGGUGGUCUUUUGAAGGAUUUAUUUAAAAAACUAUAUGUCUGGAGAUCCAAGCAUUUAAGGCUAAAGAUGAAUACUCAGAUUGUGCAUCUAAAAAUCUAUGCAAGGAUUUUUUAGAGAUGUGAUUUUAGAAUCUUCAGCAACUCACUAAUGACAUAUUUUUAAAGCAAUUUUUAAACUAAGGUCCUGUUGUGUAGACUAACACGUUCUGAGUAAAUAUUACAGUCAUGCACAACUGUUUUUGUCAGUAAAUUCAGAAACUGACAGUAUAUAC